AUGAAAGCAAAAAUAUUUUUUAAGUUGAUAGUUGUGAGUAUUGUCAUUAUUUAUGCGUUGUUUCCUGGAAGAUUUGCUGUCACUUAUCCAUAUAUUCCCAUUGAAGAUAUUAAAUAUCACUUAGUACCAGUGUACAAACCAAAUUCAAAGUCAUGUCCGACACUACCUGAGCUGGGAUUAAGUACAGAACUACAAAUUAAGACUGGAUAUUACAAUAAGUCUACAUAUGCAAAUCUUUUAAAUGUUCAGAAAGGUGGAUUUUGGAAACCAUCGUUUUGCAAUCAUGUUUAUGAAGUUGCAAUUAUAAUUCCAUUCAGAAAUAGAAUGAAUCAGCUAAAUAUUUUUCUUCAAUACAUUCAUCCCUUUUUACAAAAGCAUUUGAUAAGUUAUAGAAUUUUUUUAAUUGAACAAACUUUUUCAAAGCCUUUCAAUCGAGGAGCACUCAUGAAUAUAGGAUUUGUAGAAGCGCUUAAAUUUCAUUUAUUCCACUGUUUUAUUUUUCACGAUGUCGAUUUGUUACCCUUGGCAGAGAAAAACAUUUAUACUUGUACUAAGCAACCAAGGCAUCUGACAGCUGCACUUAAUACAUGGAGAUAUAAAUUAAAAUAUAAAAAUGCUUUUGGGGGAGCAGUAGCAAUAUUACGAGAUCACUUUAUACAAAUAAAUGGUUUUUCCAAUGAAUACUUUGGAUGGGGAGGUGAAGAUGAUGAUUUGUUGGAAAGAAUUUUGAAGAAUAAAUUGGGAUUCUGUAGAUUUUCUCCAGAAGUAUCUAAGUAUGUUAUGCUUCAUCACAAAUCAGAAGAUAAGAACCCUGAUAGAUUUGAAAUAUUAGGAAAAGCUCAAACUAGAUUUGAAACAGAUGGAAUUAAUUCCCUAAAUUAUACAAAAUUAUUUUUUAAAGAAAAAUCACUGUAUACCCAUAUUAUUGUCGAUAUUCAUUGA